AUGGAGGAAUUUCGAAUAGGUUUGGUUGCAGCAGAGUUCCGAAAGAAUACCUUUAGUAUAGCUGCCUUGUAUAGACGUUUGAAGAGCUUGAAUGAGACCAGAUGGAACUACACUCUUAUAUGGGAUAGGAUGAGUAUUCCCAAGCAUAAGUUCAUAGCAUGGCUUGCUCUCAAGAAGAGAUUACAAACCAAAGACAGAUUGCUUCGUUUUGGAUUCAAUAUUGAUACUUGCUGUGUGUUGUGUGGGCAGGUUAAUGAAACUCAUGAGCACAUUUUUUAUGGUUGUGCCUUUAGUACUAGGUGCAUUCAUGAGGUGUUGAACUGGAUGGGUAUUGGGACUAAUUUGUGCCAGCUUCGUGGAAUAAUGAAUUGGGUUAGGCAUUGUGGUCAUUCCAAUUGUCGAAGGCGGAUGUACUUAUGUGCGAUUACUGCAAGUGUGUAUCAUAUUUGGUGCUCUAGGAAUGAUGCUUUAUGGAACUCUAAAUCUCCAAUAGUCACAAAUCGAGUUGCUCGCCGCAAAUAA